AUGGCUCCAAAACUGAAAAAGCAAGCAGCUACGCAAUCGAAAUCGAAGAAGCUGAAAGACUUAGUUGAUGAGAGAUUUCAAGCAAUUGUUUUGACAGACUCCUUCGAAACUAGGUUUAUGCCAUUAACAGCGGUGCAUCCAAGAUGUUUGUUACCAUUAGCCAAUGUCCCUUUAAUCGAGUACACUUUAGAAUUUUUAGCCAAUGCCGGGGUCAAUGAAGUUUACCUUAUGUGUUCAGCACAUGCUGAUCAGAUUCAAGAAUAUAUUGAAAACUCCAAAUGGAUGGGUGAUAACUCGCCUUUCAGUGUGACCACGAUCAUGUCAAUUGAAUCAAGAUCUGUUGGUGACACGAUGAGAGAUUUGGACAAUCGUGGCUUAAUUGCUGGUGAUUUCUUAUUAGUAUCUGGGGAUGUGGUUACCAAUAUGGAUUUUAGCAAGGCAUUGCAAUUCCAUAAACAGAAAAAAGCACAAGAUAAGGAUCACAUUGCCACCAUGGUAUUGAAUCAGGCUUCGCCUUUGCAUAGAACAAGAUCACAAAUAGACCCUGCAGCAUUUGUGUUGGACAAGGAGACUAAUCGUUGUAUAUUCUACCAGAGUAUCCCUCCAGUAAGUGGUAAAAAGACAUGUAUAUCCAUUGAUCCAGAAUUGUUGGAAGAUUUCCAAGGUGAACUCCAGGUGCGCAAUGACUUGAUAGACUGUCACGUUGAUAUUUGCUCGCCUCAUGUUCCACAAAUAUUUCAGGAAAACUUUGAUUAUCAGUAUCUUAGAAGUGAUUUCCUUAAAGGGGUGUUGACAUCAGAUUUGCUCAAGAAAACAAUUUACGCCUAUAUCAGUAAGGAUAGUUCCGAAUAUGCAGCAAGAGUGGAAAGCUGGAGCACUUAUGAUGCUAUAUCUCAAGACAUAUUGGCACGUUGGUGUUAUCCUUUGGUUCCUGAUUCCAACCUUGUUGAAGGCAAUUCUUAUUCCUACGAACUCAAUAACAUUUACAAAGAGGAUAAGAUUAUAUUGGCACAAUCUUGUAAGAUUGGCACUUCAACUUCAAUUGGGAGAAACUCUAGUGUGGGUGAAGGCACACAGAUAAAGAAUUCUGUUAUUGGAAGAAAUUGUACCAUCGGUAAAAAUGUUGUGAUUGAGAAUUCCUAUAUUUGGGACAAUGCUGUCAUCAAAGACAAUUCAGUUUUAAAUCGCUCAAUAGUUGCAGCAGAUGCACAAAUUGGAAAUAAUGUUACGUUGUCACCUGGCUCAGUAAUUGGUUUUAAUGUAAUUAUUGGCGACGACAAAGUAAUUCCACACAAUGUAAAGAUUGUUGAAACUCCGAUCGUUACGGAGAAUGAGUUUGGAGAUUUUGAUGACGAGAGCAACAGUGAAGACGAAAAUGAAUAUGAAGAUGGAAAUGCUGUGCCGGUCUUGGCAGUUAAAGAUGUUGAAUUGGUUGGUGAAACAGGAAAAGGAUUUGCAUAUGAGUCAGAAAUAGAGAGUGGCGACGAAGAUGAUGAAGAAUUUGUUGGGAAUGGCACUUACUCGGGUAUAAUCUACCAAAUGAAGUCUUUGAAUGUCUCUGACGACUCGAUUGCUUCUGUUAGCAAUAAGAAAGUCAAAAAACAUUCUCAUAGACGUAGAUUGUCGAUGAAUUCUAUGAUCAGUGAUAAUGGAGGAGCAUUUGAAAGUGAUGAAGGUGAAGAAGAAGAAGACUUCGGUGUAGAAGGGUUGGCCACGGUUACACGAGCUAUUGAAAAUAACCAUGACAUUGACACUGCUUUGUUAGAGUUGAAUACGUUGAGAAUGUCGAUGAAUGUCACUUAUCAUGACGUAAGAUCGGUCACCACACAAGCUUUGGUGAAUAAGAUUGUUGACUUUAUAACAACCGGUACCUUAACUCCACAAGAAGCUGCUACCAAGAUUUUUACUAAAUGGGGGAUCAUGUUUAAGAGACAAGUGUUUAGUCCAGAGGAAGAAGUUGAUUUAUUGAAUAUUGUGGAAGAAAAGUCUUCCGUAUUGGACAAAGCGUAUAAUCAGAUUGUGUUAUUUCUUGGUGUAAAAUCGUUUUACGAUAUGGAAGUCGUUGAGGAAGAAAAUAUUUUAAAAUGGUGGAACGAUGGUGAGAACGAUGAGGUGAGAACGUUAGCUGCCAAAUUUAUUACCUGGUUACAAGAAGCUGACGAAGAAGAUAGUGAUGAGGAUGAUGAGGAUAGUGAAUAG